CGCCGUCGUGUUGGUCAGUUCAAAGUUCGACGAAUCAAUUCAUUCAACUUUGGUGUUCGUUUAUUUCUAUUUACGCGACCCGGCAACUGAACAAGUGCAUGUGCAUUACAACAGGUACUAAGUAGUGUCAAUGACGACUACAGCCUCCCCCGGCUAUGGGCUACAAUUUUGGAGCCAACAGAGCAGCGUGGACAUUUUUUGUGAUAGUGUACACUACUAGUGUGAGCGCUGCCGCUGGUCAAGACAACUUGCUAUCAGAUCUUGGACUUGAUGUUCUUGAUAGAGCCAAGAUUAAUAUAAGCCUACAAGAAUAUACCAGCGUGUUAUCUACCUUUCUACGAACGAAAGACGAUUCCUUUGAAGAAGUACCAGAACUGAGAGUAUAUAGACUUGAUAAUUUACCCAAACAAGGCCCUACCAGAAAACCCUUAAAAAUGUUGUUCUCUGUACCAGCAUCAACUGACAAAAUCGAAAGUGCUACUCUUCGGUUGCUUUUACCUCCUCAACAUAAUGAUCCUAGGGUCAUCAACAUUGCAGUGAAUCAAAUUCUUGGCACUCGAAGAAAGCGAUUUAUAAAGGAAGAAAUAUUUUACUUAUCGAAUAACCUUACUAAGUGGUGCGAAGUAGACGUUACAGACGCCGUUUUAUCCUGGACGAGAGGCCAGAAAAAUUUGGGAUUGGAAUUAUUUUGUAGGAAUUGUCACAAUAAUUUGAACCCUUCAAUAUCAGCUAUUACUGCAUUGGUUCAUUCAUCUUCCAGGAGAAAGAGAUCGAUCGGUGUCAGUAAAGGCAGAACUGAUUGUAGUUUGAGACAUCAAAAGGGCAAAGGCAAAAGGAAAUGUUGCCGGCAUGAGAUGCACGUAACCUUUACAAAAUUAGGUUUUAAGCAAAUGGGUGACAUACUGGAACCUAAAAUGUACGAAGCAGGGUACUGUCAAGGAAUGUGUCCACCGAAUUAUAACUUGGCCACUAAUCAUUCUAGAAUACAAGGACUGAUGCAUCAGCUCAACAAAAGAGAAGCGAGGAAUUUUAAAAACAAGACCAUGGUAGUACCAAAGACUUGCUGUGCUCCAUCAAAACUAGGAGACUUAGAUAUAUUGAUUGUCGACAGUCAACAGCCUGAUAAGUUGAAAGUCGAAAAGUGGCAAAAUAUGAGGGUUCUGGAAUGUGCAUGUUCGUAAACAUUCAAUUUUCUUGUAAAUAACCAAUAUCUUAGUAGGUAUAUUCACGUGGUAGGUACCUAUAUUAAUUUCAAACCUGGUCCACCAUAUAUAUUUUUGGUGGGUUAGUACCUGGAUAAAAAUACAUAUUAUUAGCAAUGACAAGUUAUCUAAAAAACAAUUGAAUGGGUACUACUGAUGUAAUUUACGGGUCGUACUGAGCAUUUCGUAGUAUUCGUAGUAGACUAGUUUUAAUUUUCUUCAAUAGUAACUUUUUUAGUUAAUAAUUUAUUAUUAUUUGACCAGUAUUAUAUUUUAGAUAUUUAGUUUUUUUUUUUUUUAAUUUAAGUACCUAUGUAAUUUAAUUAGACAUUUCGACUCAAAGCGUAUUUUUUUAUGGAAAGACAUAGGUGUUGUAUUUAUUCUCGAUCUUACCGGAAAUUAUCUCUUACAAAGUCUAGGUAAAUGGUUAAUAUCGAGGUUAAUAUACAUGGUAAGUUCAAGUGCAAAUAAUAUAGAAUCUUCGUGAAAAGCACCCCUAUAAGUGGAUUUCUUGAAAGGAAAAUACGCUUUUCAUGUUCAAAAACGGUGGCUCCAGAAAACUAAGAACAGAGAUGUAAAAAAAUUUGACCAUGUGCACUCACAUGCAAUUGGGGUCAAUUUAUUAAAGCAAAAAUAUUCGCUCUUUUCCUAUGUAAUUAAAAAUUAUUUAAAUAUAUAAUAGGGUUCCUAGUUUACUUAAGAAAGUUAGAUCUAGAAAGGGAUAGAUCUUAUAUCAAAUUCACAUAAGUAGAUAUCUAAAUCGAUCUGUUAUUUGCGAUCAGCCGAUUAAAGUAGAAAAAACGCAUGAAUACAUGAAUAGAAUCUAAAUUUCCAUAACAUUUUUCAUUGGAUAUUAAUUUCUUGUUGAAUAUUUAGACCCAUUGUUUGGGUUAGUUACUUGGGCACUUGAUUCUCAUUUAACUUGAAAUAGCUUUAUUAUUAAUAUUAUGUAUUAUAUAAAUUCUGUGAUAUAUUUUUCGGUUAAUUCCCAUAUUGUAAAAGAACUAGUUGCAUCAACCUUACAUGGAUUUUGAAGUAUUUUAUGCUUUUAUAUUGAUAUAACUGAUUCUACUGCUCCAAAUGGGUAAUUUAAUUUUUUACCGCAUUAAACGUGUGCGUGUAAUUUUAUUCUAUGUAACGUUGAAGAAGAGCAUUUAGUUAUAUGUAGUUACAGAAAUAAAGUAUUAAAUUUUGCCAAUCUAUUUUUAUAGAAGUGUGGUUCUUUUAUCCUUUAUUUUAUUCCUCUAAUUUAGGAUUUUAACUUAUUUUUUUAUUGUUCUAAUAAAAUAGGUAUCUAUUCAAAUUAGCUAUGUGAUUUUCAUUAGAAUGGAAUAAUUUAUAAGAAAACAAAAAAACGAAAAUUAAAAAAAAUGCCAAGAAGUCGUUACAAAAGGAUUUCUUGAAAUUUUGAAGACUUAGAACCUAAUAAAUAUACAAAAAAUAGAGUAGGUAACAAACCUUUGAGCACCUUGUUUUUAAUUUUUCAUAAAUAAAUUGAAAACUUUUUGAGAUGUUUUUAUUUUUUAGAUUCAGCUUUAUCCCAAAAUCCCCUUUCUAAUUCCUGAUACCUCAUGGUACUUUUUAUUAACUGGCAAACACAAAACUGAAAAAAAAAGGUCAGCUACUCUACUAAACGAGGAUACCAAGCCGACGCCAAACUCGGUCUUCUUGCCGAAUAGAAUGCAAAAAAAACUACAUUUGAA